CAGGCAGCCCAAGGCCAAAUUGGAGAGACAAUGUAUAUAUAUUGCUAUUGGCCUAGUCAUUCCGUGCUCGUCUUGUCUCUUUCCGAUUCACGACUACUCUUGUCUUUUACAUCUUCUGGCUUCUGUGCGUCUUCGGUACUCACAGUUGCUGAAAGAAAGCUAGACACCAGUCGCGAACUCUCAUUUUCCUUUUCAACAACAAGAAAAGAAGGUUAAUUCUUUCUUCUCUUUCUUUUUCCAAACCUAGCUCGCCAGAGUUACGUCCCUACUACCUGUUUGCGCCAGGCGUUACCACUACAAGGUUUCCGCCCCCUCUCGAUCCACCCGCAUCGACUCAUCGAUCGUUUUUGGAGCCAUGGGUUUCUCUAAGGUCUUCACUGCCGCCGUCAUGGCCAUGCAGGCCUUCUCUGGCGCUCUCGCCGCUCCCCAAGAGGCCAGCAUGAACAACCAGGUUCGUGCCCCCCAGGCCCCUGGCAAUUCCAACUGGUGGCUCUCCAACAUCAAGCGCCAGGGCACCGUCGCCUACUCCAACAACAACGGCUACAAAGUCUACCGCAACGUCAAGGACUACGGCGCUGUUGGUGACGGCAGCAAUGAUGAUACCGACGCCAUCAACCGUGCCAUUGCCGAUGGAAACAGAUGCGGCAAGGGCUGUGACUCCAGCACUAUUACGCCUGCUCUUGUCUACUUCCCCCCAGGCACUUACAAGGUCCACACUCCCAUUGUCGCCCACUACUACACUCAGCUCGUUGGUGAUGCCGCCAACGUCCCUACCCUCAAGGCUUCCUCCGAUUUCACCGGUAUCGCUGUUAUCGAUGUCAACCCUUACGAUAACACCGGUAACAACUGGUUCACCAACCAGAACAACUUCUUCCGCCAGAUUCGCAACUUCAAGAUCGAUCUUACUGGUCUUAACAAGACUACCGGUACCGGUAUUCACUGGCAGGUUGCCCAGGCUACAUCGCUGCAGAACAUUGAAUUUAACAUGGUCCGCGACAAGUCUCCCGACAACAAGCAGCAGGGUCUCUUCAUGGAGAACGGCUCUGGUGGUUUCAGCAGCGAUCUAACCUUCAACGGCGGUAGCAUUGGUAUCUUUGUUGGCUCGCAGCAGUACACCUUCCGAAACCUCAAGUUCAACGGCUGCAAGACUGCCAUCUACCAAAACUGGAACUGGGUCUUCACCUACCAUGGUCUUCAAAUCGACGGUGUCGAUGUCGGUAUUGACAUGGCCAACGGUGGUAACGUGCAGACCGUCGGUUCCAUGGUCCUCUCCGACUCCGUCUUCUCCAACACCCCCGUCGCCAUCUCUACAGUCUACAACCCUGGCCAGAGCGGUACCAACGGUAGCUUGGUCUUGGAUAACGUCGACUUCUCCAAGAACGUUCCUGUAGCUAUCCAGAACGGUGGAACCAAGGCCACCAUCCUCGGUGGCAACUCCAAGAUUAGCUCCUGGAUUCAGGGUCGCGUUUACCAAGGCAACAAUGGAAAGGCUGUCCAAGGCGGCCAGACCGCCCCCAACAAGCCUGCUGCUCUUGUUGACGGCUCCGGCAAGUGGGUUACUCGCUCCAAGCCCCAGUACAACAACGUCGACGCUUCCAAGUUUGUCUCUGUCAAGUCCAAGGGCGCCAAGGGCGAUGGUACCACUGAUGACACCAAGGCUCUCCAGGCCGUCUUCGACAGCAUCGGAGCCGACCAGAUUGUUUACUUUGAUCAUGGCGCCUAUGUUGUCUCCGAUACCGUUCAGCUCCCUGCCAACGUCAAGAUUGUCGGUGAAAUUUGGCCUGUCAUCAUGGCUGGUGGUGGUAACAGCAAGUUCAAGAGCCCCACCAAACCUAAGCCCGUCUUCCGCGUCGGUAAGCCCGGUGAUGUGGGCACUGUUGAGAUUCAGGACCUUAUCUUCCAAACUCUUGGCCCUCAGCCUGGUGCCAUUCUUAUGGAGUUCAAUGUUGCCGGUACGAGCCCUGGCGCUGCUGGUCUCUGGGACACCCACUUCCGCGUCGGUGGUUCUGCCGGCACCCAGCUCCAGUCUGAUCGCUGCGCCAAGAACCCCAGUCAGACUGCUCCCCCUAACAACGACUGCAUUGGUGGCUUCAUGAACAUCCACCUUACCCCCACAUCGAGUGCCUACCUCGAGAACACUUGGUUCUGGGUCGCUGACCACGAGCUCGACCUCGCUGACCACAACCAGAUCAACAUCUACAACGGCCGAGGCGUUCUCAUUGAGAGCACCAAGGGCGCCUGGUUGUGGGGUACUGCCUCUGAGCACCACGUCCUUUCCAAUUACCAGCUCAGCAACGCCAAGAACGUCUACAUGGGCUUGAUCCAGACUGAGACUGCUUAUAUGCAAGGCAACCCGGACGCCACUGUGCCCUUUAGAAACAACCCUACCUACGGCGACCCUGACUGGUCCAAGUGCCAGGGUCCUAAGUGUGCUCGUACCUGGGGUCUUCGUAUCAUCAACUCUAGUGACGUCUACGUUCUUGGUGGUGGUCUGUACAGUUUCUUCGAUAACUACAACCAGCAAUGUGUCGGCGAUAACAACUGUCAGGACAACAUGAUUGACAUUCAGGGCUCCCCCAACACCCGCAUGUACGGUGUCAGCACCAAGGCGUCCAUCAACAUGUUCACUGUCAAUGGCCAAUCUGCUGCCCUUGAUAAGGACAACAGAAACAACUUCUGCGCUGCCGUUGCUGCCUUCUCACCUUAGGUUGGUGAAGAUGUACCAACGGGACCGGGUCCUAAAACGGACCCACGGCCAACCAGCUCGUCGACGGAUGUGACUCGUUGGAGCUCGACUGUUUUAAAUACCCAGAGUACCACAGACAAAGUGCCUGAUGAGCCAACGCAGCAGUCAGAUGGCGCAGAUACGACAGUCGUAAUGACCACCACUAUCUAUGUCACUGUUACUGCUCUCCCCUAAGCGCGGGAUGACGCCGUUUCCCCCUGCCCUUUCUUUGACGGACAUAUAUACGCACUUCUUUUUCUUUCUCUCUUUUUUUCAAACCAAAGCAAGACAUUUGUCCCAUUUUGAGUUUAACGACUUGCCAUGAACAUCAAUCCAAGGAUGAACUCGACAUCGACGUUUGAACUCGUCAAGUUGUAGAUAGAAGCAUAUAGCAUGCGCAGCUUUGAGAGUUGAUGUGCGAGGGUAUUAUGAUAGACACUUAAAUAGCAGAAUGCAAUACAGUAAAAUUG